AUGGGGCAGGCUUAUAAAAUUUUUGGAAUGGCAGUGAAGCCGCAUUAUUUAGCCAUUGCCACUCUUUUGGGAACAUUUGGAGGUGCAGCCUAUUUCACUGGCGGUGGCAGCAGCACCGACAACUCGAACAAGAUCGCUAUUGAUGAGAAAGUAAAUCAAACCGAUGUAUCAAGUGAAAAUAUUGACGUUGAAAAACUCUUAGAUAACUUACUGAAGGAUUCGAAUGAGGAAAAAAAGUGA